AUGACAGAAUCAUUUCGCGAUCCCCAGGGCGGCGGCUCCCUGAUCCUGGCGUGGCAGGUAAAGAACAAGACAGUGCUGAUCGUCGGCGGCGGCGUGGUGGCAGCCGGGCGUGUAUUCAAUGCACUGGAGGCCGAUGCGCGUGUGACGGUGGUGGCACCGGAGCUGAACCCGGAGCUACAGUACCGAGUGGGCAAGUCGCAGAUCACAUGGCAUCAGCGCUCCUUCCAGACGUCGGAUCUGGACACAGCCGACAUGGUUCUGACGGCAAUCGACGACCACGCCGAGUCGCAGCGGAUCGUCUCAGAGUGCAAGGCGCGGCGAAUUCCAGUGAAUGCGGCUGAUAUCAAUGACCUGUGCGAUUUCUGGUUCAUGUCGACGCACCGCGACCACUCAGUGCAGAUCGCGGUGAGCACAAACUCGAAGGCGCCGCGGCUGGCAAACCGGAUCCGGCGGCAGAUCGCGGCGGCAUUGCCAAGGGGCACAGGCAAGGCGGUGGAGCAGAUUGGGCGGCUGCGCAAGCGGAUCCGCGAGGCAGACCCGGAGCCGCAGAACAGCAAACGGCGGAUGACGUGGUUGACGCAGCUAUGCGACUACUGGCCGGUGGAGCAGCUGGCACGACUGGAUUCGGACAACAUCGACAGCCUGCUAGACGCCUACAUUGACAACAAGGAUCCGACAAGCUCGUCGCGGAUCCCCAGCCCAGAAUUGCGCACGGGGAGCCAGGGGAAGCUGGUAUUGGUGGGUGCGGGCGUCGGCGACCCCGAGCUGCUGACGGUACGGGCGCACCGGGCGCUGAAGGAGGCCGACAUCGUGCUGGCUGACAAGCUGAUUCCCGAGGCGGUGCUUGGUCUGAUCGAGUGCGAAAUCUACACGGCGCGCAAGUUCCCGGGCGCUGCCACCGAGGCACAGGAGGACCUGUACCGGCGCGGCGUCGAGGAGCUGGCCAAGGGCAAGAACGUGGUGCGGCUGAAGCAAGGCGAUCCGUUCGUGUACGGGCGCGGCGGUGAGGAAGUGCUGUAUUUCCGCAAGUGCGGGUACGAGCCCGAGGUGGUGCCAGGAUUGACGAGCGCAAUCACAGGGCCGGGGCUGUGCGGCAUCCCGGUGACGCAUCGCGGCGUGGCCGACCAGGUGCUGGUCUUGUCGGGCGCCAACCGCCACGGCGACCUACCGAGCAUCCCAGAGUUCCUGGCCACGCGCACGCUGGUGAUCCUGAUGUCGGUCAAGCGCCUGAAGGACAUUGUCGGGUUGCUGGGCAGCGCAGGCUACCCGCAGGAUCUGCCGCUGGCAAUUGUCGAGCGCGCCGGGUGCUCCGACCAGCGCACGGUACGUGGGACGGUGCAGACGAUCGUUGGAAUCAUCGAGCGCGUGGGGCAUAAUCCGCCGGGCCUGAUUGUGGUCGGUCAUGCCGUCAAUGUGCUGUCGGAUAAGGCGAUCGAGGACCGGUUCCUGGAUGCGUCGACGCUCGGGCUCUAUGCGGACGAGACAGGCAGGCAGUAG